CUCCUCUUCAUAUUCCUGCCUACUGCCUGCCACACACAAGUCUCAUCAUGCCUUUGCAUCAGAAGAAUCCACGAUGCUCACAUGAUCAACGUCUUCAGACCCACCGUAUGAACCAGGAUCUGGAGGUUGCACAGAUCUCCAGGGCUCUGGAGGUGACCUGUCUCUCCUCCCAUUCUCUAAUGCCUGGCAAUUCGAAGGAGGCUGCUGGUGCUGGUAUACCCAGUAUUCCUGAGGGUCCUCAGAGUUUCUGCUCAUCUUCCAUUGCCAUCACAGCCACCUCAUCAAGCAAGUCGGAUGAGGGCUUCAGUAGCCAGGAAGAGGCGAAUAGCAUCUCACUGGCUACACCAGAUCCCAAGAAUGUGCCCCUAGUUGCUCUAGGAGAGAAAGUGGCUUCGUUGGUGAAUUUCCUGCUAUACAAGUAUCAAAUGAAAGAGCCAGUAACAAAGGAAGAUAUGUUGAAGAUUGUCAUCAAAGAAUACGAAGACCACUUCACUGAGAUCUUACUGAGAGCCUCUGAGCACAUGGAGAUGAUCUUUGGUCUUGACGUGAAGGAAGUGGAUCCCAGCAACCACUGCUAUGGCCUCCUCAUCAAAUUGGGCCUCACCUAUGAUGGGAUGCUGCAUGGUGAAAAGGGCAUCCCCAAAACCGGCAUCCUCAUACUUACCCUGGGUGCGAUCUUCAUGAAGGGCAACCGUGCCACCGAAGGGGAAGUCUGGGAAGUUCUGAAUGUGAUGGGCCUAUAUUCUGGGAGAAAGCACUUCAUCUUCGGGGAGCCCAAGAAGCUCAUCACCAAAGAUUUAGUGAAGGAAAAAUACCUGGAGUAUCGACAGGUGGCCAACAGUGAUCCUGCACAAUUUGAAUUCCUGUGGGGCCCAAGAGCCCAUGCUGAAACCACCAAGAUGCAAGUCCUGGAGUUUCUGGCCAAGGUUCAUGGGACUCACCCAAGUUCUUUCCCAUCUCAGUAUGAGGAGGCUUUGCGAGACGAAGAAGAGAGAGCCCGAACCAGAAUUUCAGGCAGGGCUGUCUCUACUUCCAUGGCCACUGCCAGUUCUAGGGCCAAGUCUAGUCAUUUCUCCCGCCCCUAGAGAAGCCUGAGGCUGAUUCUUCACUUUGUGUUUGAAGAGGCAGUUAGUGUUCACAGA